AUGCUCUCGACGGCUGUGAUCACCGCUGCCCUCGCCGCCGCUCCGGCCUAUGCCGCCGUCGCCCAGUCGUUCGUCCCUCCCUCGUCGAGCCCGACUCAGCAGUCCUCGACGUACACCGGCAAAUCGAACUCGACUUUGCCCAAGUCCCCCGUCGUCGCCGGCAAAUCCUUCGAUCGAUUCAUACAGGUGGUCCUCGAGAACACUGAUUUCGCCACGAGCGCGUCGUCCCCCGUAUUCCAAAACCUCUCGUCGCAAGGCGUUCUCAUGAACGGGUACUACGGAGUGACCCACGUACGCUGCUUUGCCGCCCGGGUACUCAGACGUAACGCUGACUUCGUCUCCCUCCUGCAGCCGUCGGAGCCAAAUUAUGCCGCCCUUGGAUUGGGAGACUUCUUUGGCAUGCACGGUGACGCCUUCUACGCCUUCCCGAAGAACGUCUCGUCCGUUGCCGACCUCCUCGAGGCCAAGAACAUCUCUUGGGCGUCGUACCAGGAGAACAUGCCGUACGACGGCUUCACCGGGUUCAACUACACCCAGCCGAACUACAUCAGCGGCAGCGGCAACUACACCUACUAUGUUCGCAAGCACUCGCCACUGAUCCUCACGGACUCUGUCGCCGUCAACCCUGAGCGUGCCCUCCGUCACCGCAACUUCAACGACUUUGCCGCCGAUCUCAACGCGGACGCGCUUCCUCAGUGGAUGUUCAUUACGCCGAACCUCGUCAACGACGGCCACGACACAACGAUCGACUUCCAGUCGCAGUGGCUCGAAUACUUCCUCUACCCCUUGCUCGCCGACGAGCGCUUCAACAACAACCGCACGCUCAUUUUGAUCACGUACGACGAGAACGAGGCGUACGAGGAGAACAACAACAUCUACACCAUUGCGCUCGGCAAGGGCAUCCCCAAGGAGCUCAUCGGUACGACCGACAACACUUACUACACCCACUACUCCUCGCUUUCGACCGUCGAGGCCAACUGGGGUCUUGGCUCGCUCGGCCGCGGCGACACGAACAAGACGCUCGCCAACGUCUACUCGUGGGUUGCGAACGCUACGGGCUACCAGAACAACGGCUUGACCAACUCGUCGUCGAACCUCCCCCUCACCAACCUUACCGGCAUCUUCCCCGGCUUCGCCAACGAUCAGAUGUGGACGCCCAUCCUCGCGCCCAACAUGUCUGCCAUCGGCGCUGGCGGCGGACCCGUCUUCGCUGGUAACGGCACCGACACCUCGCUUACCUCGUGGGACCAGCCGAUCAACUGGACCGCCCGCGGCGAGCCCAACCCGGGUCACACCGACCCCGGCUACGACUACUCGUCCGGCUCGCUCGUCAUCAAGCCUUCGGCGUCGUCGUCCUCGUCGGCGGCUGGUCCUUCGGCGACUGGCUCGGUUGGGCAGGGCGGAAACAGUCAGGGUGGCAACCAAGGCGGAAACGCGCAGGGCUCGAACGUCCAGGCCAAGUCGGGCGCCGUCUCGGUCGUCGUCCCCUUCGCUGGCGCCCUCGCCGCCGUUGCCGGCGUCGUCACUCUUCUCUAA